AUGGGAGGGGGACAGAAGGACGGGGGAGAGGAUGAGAACAAACCAGGCCCGAGGGCCUACCCCUCUCCCAGCAGGGUCAGCGGUCCCGACGAUGGAAGGGACCUGUUGCCUGACCGUGAAGUGCAGCUGUGCAGGCUGUGGGUAAGAAGUGAGUGGGAGCGCAGAGCGGGUGAUGGAUAUUCACGAGAGGGGGUGGGCCGAGCACCGGUAUGUAAGGGGCGGGACUGCCAGCCAGGCCAGCACUCAGCAGCCCGCAGUGGCCAGAGCCAAAGCCGGUGCCGUGCCCGAGAACCUCGACGACCCAGGACCAUGUUGACCGCGCAUCACAGGGACCUGCUGCGCGCUUCCUUUGACGGCAACCCUUAUCCUGGCGUCGGGCUCAGAGAAGAGCUGGCCCCGGUGCAGGUGUGGUUUCAAAACGAGAGGAAGCGGCGAAGGCGCGCACCAGACCCGCUGGACUCGGGCCUCUCCAACGGCAGGAGAGCCGGUGGGGCCGGGCAACUGGCACCAGCGCACGCCCAUCUCGGGGCCACAGCCGAGAUCCUCCUGCGGGCCUUCGAGCGGAAUCGCUUCCCCGGCAUGGCGACCAGGGAAGAGCUGGCCAGAAGCACGGGCCUCCUCGAGGGCCAAAUCCAGGUCUGGUUCCAGAACCGCAGGGCCUGCCACCCGCAGCAGUAG